CUCUCUUGCUUUUCUUUGCUUUUACUCCAUUAGACUCUCUCUCUCUCUCUCUCUCACACACACACACACACUUUCCGGGUCACUCUCUAUGUAAUCAAUAGUUUCAAGAGUGGACUGAAUAUAGCUUAUACUACUACCCCAUGUAUAUCAUCAUGUAAAGUUAGCUGCUUUUUUUAUCUGGGGGAAUGAGAAGAGCUUGCUAAGCCUGAAAAACUCGCCUUUUUUGCUUUGAAUUGAAGCGUGUGAUGGAGUUUCCUUUCUUUGACCAUUUGAAUGUUUUGAGGGCAUGCGCAAAUAUGCGAUUUUGGGUCCUUUUCUUACUCCUGUUGCUGCUGAAGAGUGAUGUUGUGUGUUCCAGUUCUGACUACUUGGUUGGUCUUGGAAGCUAUGACAUCACUGGCCCUGCUGCUGAUGUUAACAUGAUGGGGUAUGCUAACACAGGACAGAUUGCGUCCGGGAUUCACUUCCGGCUGAGGGCUCGUGCUUUCAUCGUUGCAGAGCCAAAGGGUAACCGGGUAGUGUUUGUGAACCUUGAUGCCUGCAUGGCUUCACAGAUUGUGAAAAUCAAAGUGAUUGAGAGGCUAAAAGAAAGAUAUGGUGAUCUAUAUACUGAAAAGAAUGUAGCCAUUAGUGGAAUUCACACUCAUGCUGGUCCCGGGGGUUAUCUCCAAUAUGUUGUAUACAUUGUAACUUCUUUUGGAUUUGUGCACCAGUCCUUUGACGUUAUUGUUGAUGGCAUUGAGAAAUGCAUUAUCCAGGCCCAUGAAAAUCUCCGCCCAGGAUCAAUAUUUGUCAAUAAGGGAGAACUCUUAGAUGCUGGGGUAAAUCGUAGUCCCAGUGCUUAUCUCAAUAACCCUGCUGCAGAGAGAAGAAAAUAUAGGUACAAUGUUGAUAAAGAAAUGACUCUUUUAAAAUUUGUCGAUGAUGAUUGGGGACCUGUUGGAAGCUUCAAUUGGUUUCCUACUCAUGGGACUUCAAUGAGUCGUACAAACUCAUUAAUUAGUGGGGAUAAUAAAGGUGCUGCUGCACGAUUUAUGGAAGACUGGUUUGAGCAAAAAGGUUCUGAAAGAAUGGAUUCUGUUGUAUUUGAAGAUGAAGGCUUGCCCCGAAGAAUUUCAAAUAUAAUUCCUAGACGUCAUGAUAAACGUAUGUUACUUAUGCUUUGCUUUUGGAUGAAAUUAUUAGCUUCUUUUUCAACACAGAUUUAAGAAACAAGAUAAGUAUCCUAAUUAAAUAGCAUGAAUAUUUGUAGUUCUAUAUGGCAGGUGGAUUCAUUAUUUGGAAUACUAUUACUUUUUGAAACCCUUGAUGGUGAUGCAGUUGAUUCGGUACAAACUGUGUCCUAAAAUGGUUUUCUAG